AAAUGGAACUGUGAAUGUUCUGCUUAUACAGUAUGUAGUCAUAUCUGUCCUUGUGUUGUUUGUUUAUUUCCAGACAGUCACAGUCUCAAGUAUCACUUCAAUGUAGUCAGCACAAAAUGCACAAACCUUCCUCUGUACUCCAUUGUGGGAAUGAUGGAUAACACACAGAUUGUGUGGUAUAAUAGUGACAGCCCGCAAGGCUCAGCCUCAAUAUGGAUGGAUGGAAGACCCCAGGGAUCUACAGAUCUGGGAGAACAUCACCCAACUGGCUCAAAAAUUUGAAGAUCAACACCGGAGUAGUCUUCAAACGCAUUGAGAGAAUGAUAAACCUGUCUAAUGAUUUGCACACUUAUCAGAUAAAAUUCGAAUGUGUUCUGUUUGAUGAUGGCAGUAUUGGUGGACACACAGUGUUCGGAUAUAACGGGAGAGAUUUUAUCUUCUUUGAUAAGUAUCAAUUAUUGUAUAUCCCUGCAACUGAAACAGCACAGAUAUUAACUCAAGAAUGGAACAAGGAUCAGUCUAAAGCUUGUGCAGAAAAAAACUUUGCAGAGCAGCACUGCGUUGAGUGGAUUAAAAGAUACAGCAAACAAGUGAGAGAGGAAAUAAAGAUCAAAGCGCAUUUAGAAGUGAAGGUGUGGGGCCGCCGUCAGUCGGAUGAUGUGACCAGACUUCAUUGCCUGGUGUACGGGUUUCACCCCCGACCUGUGGAUGUGAAGUGGAUGAGGAAUGGGGUGGAUCAUGUUCCUUCAGAUGAAAUGACUCCAAUUCUCCCCCAUCCUGAUGGCACCUAUCAGACCAGAGUCAGUGUGGAAGUACCAACCAAGGAGGGAGACACUUACUCUUGUCAUGUGGACCACAGCAGCCUGGAGGAGACUCUCACUGUGAAAGUGGAUUUAGAAGAUCAGAAAUUGAAUCUCUUGUCUCGUACCCAUGUCUGGCUGUUUGCAGCUUCGCUAUUCACUUGUGUGCUGGGGAUUGGAUUUGGCUUUUCUCAAACACAUUGGAGAGCUUCAAAAUCAAACCUACUGAAGCCAUUUCUAUGCUCAUGUGUUACUAUAAAAUAA